AUGGCAGCCGCUGUCAACGUUGAGGAGACUGCGACCGUGGAUCUGGGUGCCCUGCUGGACGCCAGAGAUGGUGCCGUGGUGAUUCUGGUGGCCGGCGAUACGCGGCUGGUGGUGCACAGGUCCGUCCUGGCAGCCAGAAGCCCCGUGUUCGCCGCCAUGUUCCGCCAACACCCACUGGAGUCCAGCGGCGACCAGAUCGAAAUCCCAGACGUGGAGGGCCCGGCGCUGCGCCAGCUGGUGGCCUACCUCUACACCCUGCAGGCCCCCCAGCUGCCCAGCAAGGCCGUCCAGCUGCUGGCUGCCGCUGACCGAUACGGCCUGUCGGUCCUCAAGGCAGAGUGCGAGCGGCAGGUGGCCGCACAGCUGUCUGUGCAGACUGCAGCUGCCAUAGCUGUGCUCGCGAUUAGGAACUCCUAUACAAGUCUUAGGAAGGCCGCCGUCGCCUUCAUCAAGGCAAACAUACCCCAAGUGUUGGGCACACGGAGCUGGGCGGAUGCAAUGCGUAGCCAGCCUGAAGCUUUGAUCAAAGUGAGUCAGUUGCUGUCUAAUCCACCAGCAGAAACAAGUGCACAAGCCAUUGCAGACAGCAUUCACACACCUGGGACGCACUGUCAACCCUUGAAUGAGCACAACGAGCCUUCUGAUGUGGCUAAAGAAAACAUGGAUGCCCACAGCUCUCCGCCACCUGUUGGUGCAGCAGAUUCUUGCAAGCGUGCACAAGCCGUUGCAGACAGCAUUCACACACCUGGGACCCACCGUCAACCCCUGUAUGAGCACAGCGAGCCUCCUGACGCAGCUAAAGAAACCACAGCUUCCCAAGGCACUUGCCUACCGGAUGGUGCAGCAGCAUCUUGCAAGCAUGUGCGGGCCACUACAGACAUCACCCACACUGUCAACACGAGCCCUCAGCCACACAGCGACAUAGGCCAGUCUGCUGCCACGUGUACAACAACCGCGGCUGCCCUCCAUGCCCCACUACCUGAUGAUGCCGAGGCUUCUUGCAAGCGUACACGAGUCACUGUGGACAGUAGGCGCAUGUCCAGCAAUCACCAUCAGCUGCACAGCGACGACAGUCAGGCUCCUGUUGUCGGCACACAGUCUGUGGCUUCUGGCAACACUCCCCCACCUGAUGGAGCCAUCCUCUCUCACAAGCAAGUGCCAGCCACAUCAGGCUGCAGCCCCACACCUGGCACUCGCUGUCAGCCCCACAGCAGCAGCCAGACUCCCAUCACAACUGCAGCAACUGUGGCUGCCAGCCAUACUCCUCCAGCUGAUGAUCCAGCAGUCUCUCGCAUGUGGAGCCAUUACUGUGUGGAGAAAGGCCAGAAUGUGAUCGAAGCAGCUAAAAAGGGGUCAGUUGAGGAGCUGCGGGAACUGCUCGCUGAACGGGCGGACGUAGGGGCGAGGGACGGGUACAGGGAGACCGCCCUGCACUGGGCAGCUCAGGAGGGACACGUCGAGGCGGUGAGAUGUCUAGUGGAGGGCGAGGCGGAGCUGGACGCCAGGAACAGCGCGCAGCAAACACCUCUGCACUUGGCUGCACUGAGUGGCCACACAGCUGUAGUGCAGCUGCUGGCGGCUUCCUCUGCCGACCCCAACGCCAAGGAUGAGGACGGGAGGACGCCGCUGCACUGGACAGCGUGGUACGGCCACGCAGAUGCGGCGACAGCGCUGCUGGAGGCGGGGGCCGACGGACAGGCCAGGUGUAAUGAGGGGAUGACUCCACUGGACCUCGCCAGGCAGAAGAAACACCAACACCUCAUAUACAUACUAAGAUGAAACUAGCAGUCCAGCAAACCUCUCUGGAGCAAAAUGUAUA